CUUGCAUUCCUAUUUUUUUUGGCUCUAUAUUUUUAUUCCUAUGUUUAAUCUCGUUUAUAGAAUAGAUAAAUGCGAAAAUAACAGAUAGGAAUCGAGUGCAGUAUUUAGAUAUAUCCAGACUCAUGUCCAGCACUCCAGACACUGUCGCCAAAAAGCGUGGCCGGCCGAAGAAAGCCGUCGCCGCCGCAACCAAAACAUCCACCGCAACCUCUGAGUGGACAACUACAACCACAAGCACAGGCACAAGCACAACCAAGAAGUCAACCCCAUCCACCACGCGAACUACCCGCAAAUCCUCGCCCAAAGCCAAUUCACCGCCAGCAUCCGACCCCAAACCCGCAUCCAGUGCACCAAUCGAUCGGAAACCAGCAGCGAAGAAGAAAAGCGCUCCCACUCGACAAAAGAAAUCAUCCGUCACGGCUCCUGACCCCGCGCAAGGACUACCGAAGCCUCCCUCCGCGCCAUCGCAAAUACCAGGUAAUAAUAGCAGGGCAAAGAGCGACCAGGUGGGCGUGAAAUCCAGGCUUAGAACCUCCGCAUCCAAUCCAGCUGCCGAACAGCCACCUGCGCCGCGAACGCCGUCCGCAGAAUCCAAGUCGAUUUCCCACUCCGAAACUACGGAGUUAGCUGGGAAGCAGGAGGCUACUGGAAGGAGGCAGCCAGAGGCUAGAAACUCCGUUCAGGCCGCGGGAGAGAUAUCUGAACCUCCUGCUCAAUCGGCUAGAGGCAGGGAGAGAACAAUUGAGCCAAAAAGAGUGGCGGAGCAGACACCACCUCCUCCCGCACACCCCGUUGACGCCACUGUUGCUACGGUGCAAGGUUCCAAAAUCCUUACAGCUUUGGCGGCCAGCAGCAGUAAACCAACAAGAAAGGCAACUUUCAUAGAAGAUAAGAUUAAGAAGGCCUCAGCGCCAAGGCCCAUCGAAUCUUCAGGCCAAGCUAUAACUACAGACAUGGCUACCCUGGCAUCCAAGAAGGCCUCACCUUCCGGCCCUCGACAGCCGCCCCCUCAUCCACCCGCCAUCAGACCACAGUUAGCACAGGCUGCCUCCGCCCGCAGAGAGACACAGCGGGUAAAACCGCAGAGACCGGAACCAGCUCCAGGUGUUAAGCCGCAGGAUAUCAGAAAUACGAAGCAGUAUAAAAGCCUUGCACGAAGAUGGACAUCGGCAGUGGUCGCACUCCCAAUUUUGCUUUACACCAGUUACGCACUAUAUGAGCGAGUAUUCGCCGAUAAAGCUCCCCGCAGUCUGCCGGGAACAAACAAUUUCCCUCUUGUUGACAACAGCGCACAAUCGACAUCACAACCAUCUACAUCGACAAACAAAGACAAUUACAAUGGGUGA